GCUACGGCGGCGCAAGAGGGACAGCGGCGGUUGGCGGGAGAGCGGGAAAGGAAGAAAGGAGGGAAGGAAGGAAGGAGGGAAGAAAGAAGGACCAGAAACUCGUAUUGAGGAGGGGGCCGCCGCCGCCGCCGCCAUGCACGUUAUCAAGCGAGAUGGCCGCCACGAGCGCGUCAUGUUUGACAAGAUCACCUCCCGGAUCCAGAAGCUGUGCUAUGGCCUCAAUUUGGAUUUUGUCGAUCCUGCUCAGAUCACCAUGAAAGUGAUUCAGGGCCUUUACAGUGGGGUCACUACUGUAGAACUGGACACUUUGGCUGCUGAGACAGCAGCGACACUGACGACCAAGUACCCCGACUAUGCUAUCCUGGCGGCAAGGAUUGCUGUCUCCAACCUGCACAAGGAAACCAAAAAAGUAUUCAGUGAUGUGAUGGAAGAUCUGUACAACUAUGUGAACCCUCACAAUGGCAAACAUUCUCCAAUGAUUGCUAAGGAAACGCUGGACAUCGUAUUGGCCAAUAAAGAUCGACUGAACUCUGCUAUAAUUUAUGACCGAGAUUUCUCCUAUAACUACUUUGGCUUUAAGACGCUUGAACGCUCAUAUCUUCUCAAAAUCAAUUCUAAAGUGGCGGAGCGCCCCCAGCACAUGCUGAUGAGGGUGUCGGUGGGAAUCCACAAGAAUGACAUCGAUGCUGCAAUUGAAACCUACAACCUCCUCUCUGAGAAGUGGUUCACCCAUGCAUCUCCUACCCUCUUCAAUGCUGGUACCAACCGUCCCCAGCUCUCCAGCUGUUUUUUGCUGUGCAUGAAGGAUGACAGCAUUGAAGGGAUCUAUGACACACUGAAGCACUGUGCGCUCAUCUCUAAGUCUGCUGGUGGAAUUGGGGUUGCGGUGAGCUGCAUUCGAGCCACCGGAAGCUACAUUGCAGGGACAAAUGGGAACUCUAAUGGGCUGGUGCCAAUGCUGAGAGUGUACAACAACACAGCUCGCUAUGUGGACCAAGGUGGUAACAAGAGACCUGGGGCCUUUGCCAUCUACUUGGAGCCUUGGCAUUUUGAUAUCUUUGAGUUCCUUGACCUGAAGAAAAACACUGGGAAGGAAGAGCAGCGUGCCCGGGACCUCUUCUACGCUCUCUGGAUACCAGACCUUUUCAUGAAACGGGUGGAGACCAACCAGGACUGGUCUCUAAUGUGUCCAAAUGAAUGCCCAGGCCUAGAUGAAGUCUGGGGAGAGGAGUUUGAGACACUUUAUGAGAGAUACGAGAAACAGGGGCACGUACGCCGAGUGGUGAAGGCUCAGCAACUCUGGUAUGCCAUCAUAGAGUCCCAGACAGAGACGGGAACUCCUUACAUGCUCUAUAAGGAUUCCUGCAACAGGAAGAGCAACCAGCAGAACCUUGGGACCAUCAAAUGUAGCAACCUGUGCACAGAAAUAGUGGAGUACACAAGCAACGAUGAGGUUGCGGUUUGUAACUUGGCCUCUGUAGCCCUGAAUAUGUAUGUCACUCCAGAACACACUUUUGACUUCAAGAAGCUGGCUGAGGUCACCAGAGUCAUUGUCCGGAACCUGAAUAAGAUUAUUGAUAUCAAUUAUUAUCCUGUGCCAGAGGCUGGGUACUCCAACAGACGCCACCGACCCAUUGGCAUUGGGGUGCAGGGGCUGGCAGACGCAUUCAUCCUCAUGAGGUACCCAUUUGAGAGCCCAGAGGCCCAGCUGCUGAACCAACAGAUCUUUGAGACCAUUUACUAUGGUGCCCUAGACGCCAGCUGUGAUCUUGCCAAAGAACAUGGCCCAUAUGAGACCUACGAGGGCUCCCCAGUCAGCAAAGGCAUCCUCCAGUAUGACAUGUGGAAUGUGACUCCAACUGACCUUUGGGACUGGAAGGGUUUAAAGGAGAAGAUUGCAAAGUAUGGUGUUAGAAACAGUCUCCUCGUUGCCCCAAUGCCCACGGCUUCCACGGCUCAGAUCUUAGGCAACAACGAGUCCAUAGAGCCCUAUACCAGCAACAUUUACACACGCAGAGUCCUCUCUGGAGAGUUUCAGAUAGUGAAUCCCCACUUACUGAAAGACCUGACAGAAAGGGGCCUGUGGAACGAGGAGAUGAAGAACCAGAUCAUUGCCUGCAAUGGCUCUGUCCAGGGCAUUACUGAGAUUCCAGAUGACUUGAAACAGCUCUACAAGACAGUGUGGGAGAUUUCCCAGAAAACAGUCCUGAAGAUGGCAGCAGACCGAGGAGCCUUUAUUGACCAGAGCCAGUCCCUGAACAUCCAUAUAGCUGAGCCAAAUUAUGGCAAGCUGACCAGCAUGCACUUCUACGGGUGGAAGCAGGGUUUGAAGACAGGCAUGUACUACCUGAGGACAAAGCCAGCAGCGAAUCCUAUCCAGUUCACCCUGAACAAAGAGAAGCUGAAGGAGAAGAACACCAAGGAAGAGGAAGAAAAGGAGCGGAACAAGGCGGCCAUGGUGUGCUCCUUGGAGAACAGAGACGAGUGCCUCAUGUGUGGGUCUUAAAGGAGUUGCCAGGCCAUGGCCAAAGGCCCUAUGCCCCUUCUCCUCCCCCAAGCAAGGUUAGGUAGGUCUAGUUUACCUGGGUGCCUAGGGAGGCUGCCUCUCUCUGCUAAAAGGAGAGGACACAGAAUUGCAGAGAACCGGUGUACCUGGGAAAGGUCAGGGGUGUGUGGGUGGGGAAGGAAGGAGAAGUCUCUGAAGCCAGAACCUUUAAGUGCCCUUCAGUCUUGCAUUGUCCAUGACAGACAAUAUUCUUCAGUAUGAACAUGGUGUGUGUAGAGUAUAUGUAUGUUAAAUGCUUAAGGAAUUGGACUCCUAUGGCCAUCACCUCUUGCGCCAGCUCCCUUGUCUUACCCAGAGAUGCUCUGGCCCAUCCCUUCCUGCUCUUGGUAUCUCGCUGAUCUUGAGGAGAGGAGUAUGGCUGUGGUCAGUGGCUGGGAAGCCCUGCAGGCCUUGGGAUGCUACAGACCAGAAGGGAACAAGCUCUCUAUGUACUGAUGUGAGUCUGGAAUUUGCUUCUCCAGGUCCUGAGCAAUCUGUGUUUUCAAACCACCAGGGUUAUCCAUCUCUGGAGAGGGCAGGGGGUAGUUGUAAUAAGAUGGGAAAUGUUUCAUCCUCACUUGUGAAAUCAAAAAAAAACCACACACAACAUUGUAAGCAGUCUGCAAUUAAGCAUCCAAACUGUGUUUGGUUAAGCAGUGUUAUUCUUGGCAACAAAGCUGUUACAACAUGCUCCUUGCUGUUUUUUCCAAGAA